AUGCUGCGGCUGGACCGCUGCUGGCUGGGGCGGUGGGGGCCGCGCGACUUCCUGCGCGGGCGCACCAAACGUGGCGGCGCGAUCCAUACGCGACACACACACGGAAGCAGCGGUCGCUACAAGAGACUCUCGAGCCUCUUUGGCUUGCGUGAUGGGCGCCGCCACGCCUGGAAUCAUUUGAAAGGCGGCCUCGGCAUCAAACUCGGCGGCGGCCUCUUUGGUCUGCGCAUUCCGCGCCAACACGUCCUCUCCACUCUGUCGCCGGAUGACUACGAUAUUGCGCUUCAUGGGCACCCGAACAUCACGAACCCGUACCGGCAGCACAUGGACGAGCAUCCUGACUUGAAGGGCGUGAUGCGCAAUGCGUGCCUGAGCGUGCAUCUGGUGGUGCUGAUGCCGCGAGUGUCACGCACAUCGGCACCAUCAUCAUCAUUAUCAUCAUCGUCCGCAACAGCGGAAACGGCGACGACAAGGAUGAUGACGACGGCGACUCUUCCAGAAUCGUGGGCAGAGCUGCUGCAGCAUUUGGGUGACACAAUAAGCAGAGAGUGCAAUGCAAUGGGAAACGGCAGCAGCAUCAUCACAUACUGCUCUACAAUAUCGGCGUCUGUUACGUGCCAUCAACCGGAGGGAGAUGCGCUGCGCGUUGCUGCAGCUUCUCUCUAUGAGGAUCACUUGAGGGGCACGAAGCUUCGGCCUUCACCUGUAGCGGUGACACAUCGGCGGCACGAACCAAAGCGUAUACCACUCCUGGGUGCCGCACUCUCGGCACCUGCCACUCUACAAAAGAAGGCUAAAGCUGCAGUGACACUCUCGGAGUUAAAUUUAAUCGGCACGCAAAGUCAGACAUCAUGCAUUCUUUCUCAUGACAAGCAUGCAUUCACCAUGGAAGGCGAGGCCAAUGGGUUUGCAGCGCCUUCUGCUGCCACUAGUUCUGCUGCUCUGGCCCAGCGGGGUGUGCUGCAGCUGCUGCAGGACCUUCGCCGGUCGCACCCCAACGCCCUAGGCCUGUGCAUGCGUCUAGGGGAGGUCAUACCCACCAAAGGUGCGGCGCAAACGCGCGAGGAGCAGCAGACACCAGGAAUGCCCGCACGAAAACUGCUACGCGAAGAUAUGGAUCCAGAUGAGGUGGGCAUUUGGAAGCGGCCUGCUGCGACGGUGGAUGCGCUCAUGCGGUGGCACUACUUCAACUGGGAUCCACGUGCGCAUUGUGCUGACAGACUGCCGCACAACAGACGCUGGCAGCCGGUGCACAUCUUUGUGGACGCCUCGAGAGUGCGGGGUGAAGUGAGUGGCAACCAAGGCCGUUCGGGGGCGACGCGGUCGUUGAUGUCACCGCAUUUUUCAGAGAAGUUGCUGGAGAUGAACUUUGAGCGUGCCGAUCACGAUGGACUCGCUGAGAUGUUGGCAGCGUUACGGGGGUGGUCGGUGGACUCCCAGUGGCUGGCGCUCGAGGACCGGCGGCGAGGGUUGGUGAGGUGCAAUCUGGAGCGUGACGCGGAGGAAGAGCGGCAGCAGUAA